AUGGCGUCGACAUAUCCACUUCUGAGAAUUGCGGUCAUCCAGUUCGCCCCACGAAUAGGACAUGUCGAGGAAAAUAUUGCACGGGCUCAUGCGAUGUGUGCCAAUAUUCAACCUCGUUCGCUCGAUCUUCUGGUUCUUCCGGAAAUGAUCUUCAGUGGAUAUGUUUUUCGCGACGCUGCCUCGAUAUCGCCUUUCUUGGAGCAUCCCCACACCGGACCCACCUCGAGAUUCUGUGCUGAGAUGGCAGAAAAGCUGCACUGCUAUGUUGUCGCUGGCUACCCAGAACGCUUAGAACAGAGUGAGAUCACGAAAAGAAGGGAUUCUAACGGUCAUAUCAUCGACGCGAUCGGUGCCAACAGUGCUGUCGUACACGGCCCCGGUGGUGAACGAAUUGGUGGCUAUCGUAAAACAAACCUGUUUGAGACGGAUCAAACAUGGGCGAAACCAGGCACUGGGUUCGUGACCUUCAACCUCCCUGCCCCACUCAACACCGUGAGUCUUGGAAUAUGCAUGGACCUGAACCCACAGCCCCCCGCUGUUUGGACGCUUGAAGAUGGUCCAUACGAAAUUGCGGACUAUUGCCGAGUGAAUGGCACAGAUCUACUGAUCUUGCUCAAUGCUUGGCUGGAUUCCGGUGUUGACGAGGACACAGCCGAAGACUGGCAUACUCUCAACUACUGGGCCUCCCGUUUGCGGCCCCUCUGGGCGCAUGUUGGAGACGAUGUGAAUCAGCCUCCCGCCAUUAUCGAACCCAGACGUACCGUCGCCAUCGUCUGUAAUCGAUGCGGAGAGGAGAACGGCAAGAAAUUUGCGGGAAGUUCUGCACUUUUUGCAUUAUACCAAGGCCGAGGCAGGCCUGCCCUACUGCAAGUGAUGGAGAGAACCCAGGAAGGAAUCAGAAAUUGGACGGUGUGA